CUGCCGCCACAAACAAAAUCACGGGAGAUCAUUAUUAGUGAUGAGGAACAUCAUUGCCUUGAGCAAACGUCUAUACUCCCCUCGAUUCUCCUCCUCCGGUUAUCACGGAAUCAACGAUGCGGUCUCAAAAACUGUUUUCUCCGGUCCGAUCCUGGGACGAUCGUUUCACCACCUCCGCAAGGCCGGGAGCUUCGUAGUCCCUCGUGUCUUGUUCGUGUCGCGAAACCUAUCGACGAAUGUUUCUUCGAAACAACCUGCGUUUCUACGAUGGUAUUUGAGAAAGUUGGAGUCGCACCCUUUCAUGACUAAGAGCCUCACUACUUCCCUCAUUUAUAUGGCCGCCGAUCUCACUUCUCAGAUGAUCACGAUGCAGCCAUCUGGUUCUUAUGACCUGAUAAGAACAGCCAGAAUGGCUAGCUUUGGGUUGAUAUUCCUCGGCCCAUCACAGCAUCUUUGGUUCAGUUAUCUCUCUAGAAUACUGCCAAAGCGUGAUGUGUUGACUACCGUUAAGAAAAUAAUGAUGGGGCAGGUUCUUUUCGGACCUUUUAGCAACACCGUCUUCUAUUCCUAUAAUGCUGCUUUACAAGGUGAAAAUUCCGAGGAAAUUCUGGCGAGAUUGAAGCGGGAUCUUCUGCCAACAUUGAGAAAUGGACUUAUGUAUUGGCCAGUCUGUGAUUUUGUGACAUUCAAGUAUGUGCCCGUUCAUCUCCAGCCAUUGAUGAAUAGCUCGUGUGCAUAUAUAUGGACCAUUUAUUUGACGUAUAUGGCAAACCAGACAAAAGCAGAUGGCUGAAUGACUGUUCUUGACCAAGACAAUUGCAUUUUUUUUUUUUUUUUGUUUUUGCUAAAUUUUACUUUCUUAUUAUCCAACAUCAAAUAGUAUUACAAGUAUGUUUUUUUCUUUUCUUGGGCAACAAAAAUUUUGCAUC